AUGGACUUAAAUAAAAUGGACGACUGCACUUCACCGCUGACUCCAGAAUUUUACAUCUUCCUAUUAUUCGGUAUGUCAUUGCCUUUGAUUUUUUUCUUCCUGAUAACCAAAAGAAGCCGGAAUCAAUCGAAUGCUUGCUGGAGACUUUUGCAACACGUCUUCCAGGGAGCAAUUAAAUCUGAAUUUAUACCGGAAUUACAAGAAGUACUUGCCAUUCAAGGCCCAGAAAUAACGACACUACCGGCAACUUCCCGCGACGAACACGAAACUACCCCCAUGUUGACCGCCAUCCAAAACGGAUCUUGUGAAGUCGUCGUCUUUCUAAGGGAGCUUGGAGUUGAUGUUAAUCUCCAUGGGACUUUCGAGUGGAGGGGAGUCAAGUAUGACAAUGUUUCACCUCUGUGCGCAGCCAUAAUAAGCCGUCAGGCGGACAUUGUCGACGAAUUUGUCGUCGUCGAAGAGGAGCAGUUGGAUAAGGUCACCGCCGACAUGGAGGGAAUAAAGGCAAGUUCAAUCCCUACGGAGCAGAAAAUCGAAGCGCUGGAAUUGAUGGGAGCAGCCUACGUUUUUUACAGAUACAGCCCAAGCCUAGUAUCAUCGAGUUACGCCAUUUCUAUCUGGAAAGAAGCCACGAGACUUCGUCUUUCGACUGUCGAUGGAGAACAGGCGAUUCCCAAAACAAUUUCGCCUCCGUCUGAUCUUUUUGUCAAGGCGAUGGGCUUCACUUCCGAAUUCCUGACAUUGGAACACCUCGAGCAACUCGAAGCCCAGCUUGACUUUGAUGAUGACUACCCUGAAUUGAAUCUCUACACUCAGGCCUUGUUAGUCAUUCAGAGGAUUCUUGAUCAAUCAGAUCCUGAGCAACACAAAUAUAUUCUCCUGCAAUUGUGCAAUCAUGCCGAUCGAUUGCACUGUGAAGACCACUACAAUAGAGCCAUAAACAUCGGCAUGUUCAUGUUGGAUGAGUUUCAAGGCUUUGAAGAAUGGGAUGACGAAGUUAACGACAUAAUCAUCAGGACGAUUGGAAUUUUAGUUGAAAGUUUCGCAAAACUCAAAGACGUGCCCAGCUCCGAAUUUACAUUCACUAAUGUGAUGACCACACUCGAAAAUACCUUAAAGGUCAAUCACAAUUUGGUUAACAUCAGCGAAUAUCAAGAAUUUGAUUUGUUGAUUUUUGACUUGAUUGACUUUUUAACCGAAAUGCUUCCAACAUUAAGCAAGGAAGAAAGUCACCAAUUCAAGCAGAUCGUUUACGAGUUCAUUCGCGCCGAUUACAGGUUUGACAGAGUAGACAAGGGAAAUAUUCUACACCUGGCGUGUUGUAACUUAUUUGCAGACUUGAUAGGACCGAAACGCUUUCGGAUCAACCUAAUGAAAUUGUUACUGGAACUCGAUGUUGAUCCAAAUUUUACCUCUACCAAUGGAAAAACAGCACUACAUAUUCUAGCGAACAGCUUCCAAUGGGAACGCUGGUCGGAGACAACGAAUAUCACGGAUGCAGUUCAGCUGCUGUUGGACUCGGGAGCCAAUAUCGAUCAGCCAGAUGGCAAAGGAAAAACAUGUUUGGAUCUUUUCAAACUCAAAGAAAAAGAUUUGAAUGAUAAAGGAAAGCCAAGUAAAUAUCUUCAAAAGCUGAUCAAUAGAGUGCGGCUACGGCCACUUAAAUGUUUAGCUGCUCAGGUGAUUCGUCGAAAUCGAAUACCUUUCGUCCCCGGCGACCUGCCAAAAAGUCUACUCACGUUUGUAAACCGUCACUGA